AUGGGUGAAGUAACUGCAUCAGUGUCUACAAGCGCGCAGAAUCUUAUUGAUUCAAAAAUUAUGUGUAUCCUGAAUCCAACAAUGCAUCAUCAUGAUUUGUUGCAAAGCUAUGUCCGAGUGCCCGUAGAAAGUACUUCAAAUUCAAAACAGUUCGAAGAUGUGGAAAAUUUCAAUAAAGCGCCAUCCUCUUUGGGAACUUGUCUCGACACAGAAUCUGUUGAUGACAUUGAUAAAGAAAGCCGAAUUGAUGAGGACAUCAGGAAGAAAAAAAAUAAUAAGAAGCAACAGAAAAACAAAUCUAGUAAAUUAUUAUCAGUUGAACCAGAAAUGAGUAUUCGAAAGAGAAAGAAAUGA